AUGUCCUAUAUUAACUAUGACACCGAAUCACUCUUGGGCAUUAGCGUGGCUGAAAGCGGAAGCACACCGUGCUACUCUGAAGACAGUCAGCCACGGAUCUGCUUCGAUGAGUAUUGCACUUUUCCGAUGGGAAACAUGUGUAAGGCUUGUAGGCUAGAUCGUGUCGUUCGAAAAAAGAGAGUCAGGAAACAUUCGAGAGUCCAACGAGCCAGAGAAUGGGUUCACGAAAUUAACGUCCAAAAAUACAUCACGAAUUACAGCGGCGAGGUGUUCCUCGGUGGGGCUGUGGAUCGUGAUGAACUUGAAGAGAAUGAUGGGCACAAUGGAGGUCUCGAUUCCGACGGGGGUGAAGCUGAAUAUGAAGAAGUCCAAUCUUAUGGAUCGGAUGAAGAAGACGAUUGCUAUGAUUCAGACGAAAUAAUCCAAGCAAAUGAGGCUGAACAAGAGAAACAUCCCGGUCUCUGUGAUCUCAUACCAAAGUCGUUCGGGUCUGAUUGGGACACUCAUCCCAAACUUUCAUCGAACUCCGAAAGAACAUCUUCAUUGACAAUAGUCUCUUCUAGGCUAUCCAUUCGCUCUGAUCUAAGUGCACAUCUGGAACUGUGGGUGUCCGAUAUUUUCGAUCGUACGCUCGAAGGACAGAUGAAAGACACUAUCUUCAUUGGAGGCGCGGAGGACGACCGGAUACUCUGUCCCUUAUGCCGAAAUCCCAUAGGUGAUCCCAAAUACCAGCAUUUGCUCCAAUGUCAAUUUGCCCAGGAUGAGCAAGAACGGAUGAGAGUAAUGUGGAGAAGGUAG